AUUAAAUUGUUUAUCGAUAUCAUUGUUAUUGAUAAUCAUUGACAACUCUUGAUUGCACAAGAGAACAAGUAUGAGAGUCAUCGUGAAUACAAUUACGAGGAUGAUAUUUACAAGUUUCAUCAUCAGCCAUUUCGCAAAAGGUAUUUUCCUCUACAAAAUAGAGACGAUUUACAAUGAAGAUUCGCUGCCGUCAUUCACAUUGCGGAUGAACAUGAUGCAACGUGCGAUAACAUUGCCGUACCAAAUACCGAAUUUUUUCUGCAUAUAUAUAUUGUACGUACUACAUACAUAUACAUUAUGCCAAUAAAAAAAGAACAAUCGGCAGAUCGAUUAGGAUGCAAAGAUCGAUAUUUAGACUGAUUUAGAAUUACGCCAGGUUUACGCGAGGGCGAGUGACAAAGCAAUAUAUACGCGUAGAAUGGAAGAAUUGUCAGACCGGCAUCCGGACGAAUAUGGAGAGACUGAGAUUGAGCCAAUCGGGGUAUACGAAGGCGAGAGAAAUGAGAAUGGCGAGAGACACGGUAACGGAAAGGCUUUACUGCCGAAUGGCGAUCUGUACGUCGGCCAGUAUCGUGACGGGCUUAGAUACGGUAAAGGUGUCUACGCGUUCAAAAAUGGUGCCCGGUAUAACGGCGAUUGGAGACACGGAUGCAAAUACGGUCAAGGGAUCUUUUGGUACCCUGAUGGAACGCGAUACGAAGGGGAAUGGAAGCGCGACGCGAGACACGGUUUCGGCGUUUAUUAUUACGCGAAUAAUGACAUCUACGAAGGCUCGUGGAAGAAAAAUCUUCGCCACGGUAUGGGAACGUACCUAUACGCUAAUAUAGGAACGAAAUUUAUGGGCACGUGGAUGGACGAUCGCAUGCAAGGACCUGGGCAACUCGUUCACGAGCGUCAUCGUUUCCACGGUUUUUGGAAGUCGAAUUUGCCAUACGGACGCGGUUGCUUCACUUUCGAAAACUUGUGCAUGCAACACGGUCAUUACGUACAUACGAGAGAUCCUGUAUAUGAUGACCAGGCUUGGAUGUAUAGGGAUACAAUCGUGGAGAAAGGCGACGGGGACAAGGCAGCAAUGACAGAAGAACCAUUUUCCCCAAGGGGCAUCCUGCCGGUAUGGCGUGCCCGUUGCAUCACACCUUACAAUCCGGAGUUAUUGCCACCAGAAGCAGUACCUUUGCAAGAAGAAGCGUCAACGGAAUCUUUGAUUGAUAAAAGCGAGGAUGAUAUCUGGCCAAAGAUCGAGCAGGACUUAGAUUAUGCGGAAGGAGAUCACGAAGAAUAUUAUCAGGAGGAAGCGUCGUUUCGCAUCGACAGUCCUUAAAUUUUUGAAAUUGCUGUGAGCCGAUAGUCAAUCGAGUUACCAUGCAUUAUUACCGUACUCUUCGCAUCGUUAUCAAAUGACAUUAAUUGAUAUAACUAUGUCCAUACAUAUUAUGCAAAAUGAAAUAAAAAAAGCAAGUGCGUGAUUUUAAGCGCUUUAUUUAAGAAAUUAUAACAACGAAUAUAUGUGUUUGUGUGUGUGUGUGUGUGUAUGUGUGUGCAUACGUUCUUGCCACGUAAAACGUAGGAAUACUAUUACACUGUUGGAAAUCAUAUAAUCUCGUUAUAAUAUUUGUAAUAGUUAUAAUAAAUGCGCAAGAGAGAUACGAUGUUCGCUCGAUCGAUAGAGUCCUACAUGUCGUACAUUAUUUACAAUUUGUUAGUGCAAAGUGUCGAAUUUGUUAGUCAGAGUACGGUGAUUAGUGCACACGAUCGAAUUAUAUACAUAUCUUUUUAAAAUGUUUACGCGAAAUUGUAAAAGCACUAGCUCGGUUAUUGUUGUCCGUUGCGCGCGCAAGCCUGUUUGUAAAGGACGCAGACACAAUUAUAUUUCAUGUCUAGGUCCAUAUACUUAUUCGUACAUUUACGUCUACAUCCUAUGCUUAUUUUUUAUACUCAGAAUAAUUACGUUUACAAACGUAAGGACUGAGGGAGGAAGACUAAAUUUCAGUCGGAAAGUUGAUAAAGUCAUACGUAAAAGGGAAAGGAACGGUAAUAUUAUGUAUAUGUAUAUAAGUAUGUACAAAAUAAUACACCUCGGUAAUACAAUUGUUUAAUAAAUCACAAAAAUUCACCAUGUCAACAUUACGUCAUGUAUUGCACGACGCGAUGGAACGUGCUGAUUUUUUUUUUCCGGAAAAAUAGCAAG